GUCGCGUUUUACCUGGCUACGAUAGAAGCAGUGCUAGUUUACACGUUUAAAUACCCCUUUUCAUGAAUAAGCUUUAACGUUAUUUGCCCUCGAUUGUUUUGAACGAGUCAUCUAUGUAGGGGCAGAGAAAAACAUACAAUUCUACAGAGAAAACAUUCAGUAAAUCUUAUGAAAAUCAACCACCUACUUCAGCCGAACUUUUUCGGUCCCGAAGCGUCCGUGGAAGAUGAGAAAAACGCGGCAAGCCGCUGAAUUUUCUGAACUGAGGGAUUUGGUGCAUCAACUCAGAGUGUCAGAUCUACAACAGUUGCUUGCGGAGAAUAACAUCAGCCGUAGUGGUCGCAAAUCCGAGUUGAUAGAGCGGGUUCUUAUAUUGCUGCGACAAAAUAUUUCCGUACUGAGGCAUAAAGUGCGUGAGUUGCAUCGUAAAGCUCAACAGGAGGCGCAAGAGGUGGCGGCCGCGAACAGCAUCUCGGCAGGGUCGGAUCAGCUCGCAGCCAACGUAUUGCAGUCGGUGCAAAACAAUCCACGAGCAGUGCAAACGCUGUUAGCCUCUGGUGGGCCCCAUCUCAACGCCACCACUAACGGUGCUCUCGUCAACAACAAUAUUCACGGUGUAAGCAACUCCCGUACGGUUCCAGGGAUGUACCAGCAGCAGUACAAUAACGCCGUAACAAACGACAACCGCGUCAGUACGGUACAUGGCAAUGGAAUGGAAAUUCCUCCUUACAAUUUCCCAGUACACAACGAUGUGAAGCUUAAAAAGCUUGCCUUUUUCGAUGUCCUGGCCACGCUGCUGAAACCAUCCACGCUAAUGCCCAGCAAUAACACGCAGCGUAACCAAGAAGGAUCGUUUUACUUCCAUCUAACGCCGCAGCAAGCGGAGGACAUCGCACUUCACCGGGACUACCGUAAUCUGUCUAAAGUUGAGCACGUCAUACAAGUACAGUUGCGGUUUUGUCUACUUGAGACAUCGUGCGAGCAAGAGGACUACUUCCCGCCGAAUAUUGUAGUGAAAGUGAACAAUAAGCUCUGCACCCUGCCGAACCCCAUUCCUACCAACAAACCUGGCGUCGACCCAAAAAGACCACCGAGGCCAGUAAACAUAACACCACACGUGAAGAUAUCGCCGCUGUUGGCAAAUCACAUCUCCGUCUCUUGGAACACGGAGUACAAUCGGUGUUACGCGGCCGCCUGUUAUUUGGUGCGCAAAUUAUGCUCCGUUACGCUGCUGCAGCGCAUGAAGCAAAAAGGUGUCAAGGCAGCGGACUAUACGCGUGCGCUGAUCAAAGAAAAACUCAACGAGGACGCAGACUCGGAAAUAGCUACUACGAUGCUAAAAGUGUCAUUGAUUUGUCCUCUCGGAAAAAUGCGCAUGACUACUCCAUGCCGAGCUUCCACCUGCUCUCAUCUUCAGUGCUUCGAUGCUUCAUUGUAUCUACAGAUGAAUGAAAGGAAACCUACCUGGAAUUGUCCGGUGUGUGACAAACCGGCGGUAUAUGACAAUUUAGUGAUCGAUGGUUACUUUCAAGAGGUACUAGCAUCGACCAAACUUUCACCAGAGGACACGGAAAUACAGUUGCACAAGGAUGGAUCGUGGAGUACGCACAUCAAGCAAAGCGAAUCGCUCGAUGACUCGGUUGGUAAAGUGGUGCAGAAAGUGGAAGUCAUAUCGGACGAUAUUGAAGUAAUAACUACGGAUCCUCCGAAACAUAGCAUUGUGGCACAGGCAUCCGUCAUCUCGACCAACGAACCCAGCUCGACGUCGGGUGAAACGGUCGAUCUUACAAUCAGUGAUUCCGAUGACGAUGCUCCGAAAAAAAAACCGGCAAACAAUCGCUCGAACAGUAGCUCUAAUAAUCCAACAUCCUCCUCAUCUUCUGCCGCUCAUGCUGGAACUUCCUCUGCUGGUAAUGGUUCAGUUACUCGCUCAAAACUAAACGUUUCAGAGGAUCCUUCAUCAUCAGUAAUAUCGCUUGAUUCACCUUCCCCACCUUCGACACCGAAUCCGUCACAAAAUGGCAGCAAUAACGACGUUUCCUCGACCACCACACCGUCGUUGGCAUACCAUGCCCUGACUCAGCAGCAGCAGUCUGCUCUUGCUUCGGAUCAGCUGAAUUUCCAGUACAAUCCUCUUGCCCUGCAAAGUUUGUAUGAUUAUAUCUCAAGGACAUGAGGAACCCUCCGGCCGCAUAUUUCAGUGUACAAAUCCGUAAAGCUCAGCCAGUUCUUCUUCCGUCCUUUUCGGUCUGGCGAUUUCGAACGCUGUUAUGAUUUGAAGAAGAGAUUCAGAGAUCUACUCUCGACUCACGCUGACAUUCGGAGCUGAGUAUUUCGGAGAAAUUUAAAAUUAUUAUAUAUCUACCGUAUAACACAUCUUCGAGUGCUCUCUUUUUUACCAAGCGGAAAAAGCUGUUUCCAUAUCCGGAAUCCCGUAUGUUAAUUUCACGUUUGGCAGGAGGUAUUUUUUCACAUUUAGUUAUUGUAAAGAUUAAUAAAAAAUUUUAAACAUGUA